UGAGAGGCGGCGGACGGAGGCUCCUCGCCGGCUUUGUCUCUUUAUAUUUCACGUGUUAUGGAAACGAGCCGAGCUGAUGUGGACGCGUCGACAUUUGUGUGCACCCCCGAGCCUCCUGUGAGCGCCUGAUCAGGCCGGGACCUGAGGAUGGACUGACCGGGGAUGCGGAGCCUGGGCUCGCAGAUUAUAAUGUGGGAUUUACCGACUCAUCACUGAGCUUAUUAUUUUCAUCGAUGCUCUCUCCAAAGCCCCCGGACUCCCCCGACACGAUAUUUCACCUCCAGCUCAGUCUUUUGAUGCAUCUCUGUUUUUUGGGCUGAUUUUAAAGAAAGUGACGCAUCUUUUUGACGGAGCGGACCGUGCCGGGGGCCGGACAGCCAGCUGAGAUGAACCCGGUGAAUGCGACCGCUCUCUACGUGUCCGUGAGCCGCUCCGUGCUGCAGUGCGACCCCCGAGACCCCCGGGCCCUGGCGGAGCUCUGCAAGCUGCUGCCCUUCUUCCGGCAGUCCCUGUCCUGCCUGGUCUGCGGU